GGCUGGAUCUUUCUUUGUUCCAACGAGUCGACGGAGCUCUUCUCCCUCGUUCCCUCUUCGCUUGCUGAAUUGGCGUAAAAUGAGUCGGAAUUGAUUUGCGGCUUCUUUCGGAUACGCGGCCCUGGGUGAGUUUCCUCGGGGACUCCUGCCAAACUUGAUUAGGAUGGGUCUGCUCUCUCCUGCCUCAUCGCCACUGCUGCUGGUCCCCGUGAAUUUCACAACAAGGGGUCCUUAUUAGAAGUGACACACUCGUUUUUUUUUUUUUUUUUUUUCCCCCUUCUUUCCCCCACAGAUAAUUUUUCUCCUCUCCAGUUUCUUUUGGUUGUUCUGUACUGCGUGUCUCUCCGUCCUCACUACUGCGGGGAUUCAGAAGACUUCACGCUUAGAAGAGCUUGCUGUGUGAAAUGUUGCGCUUCUCAUCCUCUGUCCCCAGUUUUCUCUGGUUGUUUGCAGCCUUUGGGGCUCUAAAGGGGCCCUCUGUUUGAGUUUUGAACCGUUCGUUUGUUUGGAGAGCGAAGCGGACGUCAGCUGGAGGUCUGGACUUUCUGUUUGGUCUCUGAAGAAACCAAGUCUCUCUCGCUCUCCCCCCCCCACGUUCCGUUUUAUUACACGAGGGGGGGGUUCAUCCAGCUGUGAGUUUUCAUUGGUUCCACCGCACCGUUUUCGCCGACGCCGUGGGAAUCGCCGCCGUCGACCUUGGCAUGCUCUUGAAGCCCACGGUGCAGGGACUCUCAGAGAUGCUGCAGACCAUUUACGAGACGGAGUCCUGCUUCUCUGCAGAUGCCGUGUCGGGCCGCGAGCAGUCGCUGGAGCUGCUGUCCCGAGCCCGCAUGCCUGCCCUCCCCAGGGCCGCAGUGGUGGAGGUGAAGACAUCGCUCCCAGUGGGGAUGCAAAGCCCGGGCGGAAGGGAGCAGGGCGGCAGGGACGGCAGCCCGGUGGACCUGGGACCGGUGCCCCUGCGGCCGGCCGCUCCGAUCGGCCUGGACACGACUCGACGCGAGCAGCAGCUGCAGCACGAGCUGCUCCUCCUCAAGCGGCAGCAGGAGCUUCAGAAGCAGCUGCUCUUUGCCGAGUUCCAGAAGCAGCACGAGGUGCUCACCCGGCAGCACGAGGCGCAGCUGCAGGAGCACCUCAAGCAGCAACAGGAGCUGCUUGCAGCCAAACGUCAGCAGGAGCUGGAGCAGAAGCGGAAGCUGGAGCAGCAGCGGCACGAGGAGUUGGAGAAACAGAGGCUGGAGCAGCAACUCAUUAUGCUGAAGAACAAGGAGAAGGGCAAAGAAAGUGCCAUUGCCAGCACAGAAGUGAAGCUGAAGCUCCAGGAGUUCCUGCGCAGCAAGAAGGAACCAACAUCCAGUGGACUGAACCAUUCCUUUCCUCAGCAGUGCUGGGUCUCCCAGCACAGCUCUCGGGACCAGAGCUCCUCACCGCAGAGCAACACCCCCGGGACACCCCCGUCCUACAAACUGCCCCCUCUGCUGGGCACGUACGACGGAAAGGACGACUUCCCCCUCCGCAAGACGGCUUCGGAGCCCAACCUGAAGGUGCGCUCACGGUUAAAGCAGAAGGUGGCGGAAAGGAGGAGCAGCCCCCUGCUGAGGCGCAAGGACGGCACUGUGAUCAGCACCUUCAAGAAGAGAGCCGUUGAGAUCACAGUGUCCUCCAUGUGCAGCAGUGCUCCCGGCUCCGGGCCCAGCUCCCCCAAUAGCUCCAACAGCGCCAUCGCCGAGAACGGCUCCAGCGGCUCCGUGCCCAACAUCCACGCCGAGCAACUUCGCUCACUGCACCAGACGCUUAUGGCGGACAGGACGGCCGGACCGCUCAGCCUCUACACGUCUCCCUCGCUACCCAACAUCUCCCUGGGUCUGCCUGCUUCGGUGGCGCCCACCAGCUCGCACAUCGCAGCCCCGCAGAAGUUGUCGCCCCAGCAGGAGGCCGAGCGCCAAGCCAUCCAAGCCGUGAGGCAGGGGGGUGCCCUGACGGGGGCGUUCGUGAGUCCCGCGCCUCUGCCCGCUUGCCUGCCGCCAGGGGCGGCGCACGACUCCGAGGCCCCGGCGACCAACAGCCACGGUAGCCACUCCUCCCUGCUGCAGCACGUGCUGCUGCUGGAACAGGCCCGGCAGCAGGGGGCGCUGCUCGCAGCAGUGCCCAUCUACGGGCAGUCGCCCCUGGUGACGGCCGAGCGGGCGCCCGGCGGCAUGCGUGCGGUGGGCAAACUGCCCCGGCACCGGCCCCUCAGCCGCACGCAGUCAGCACCCCUCCCCCAGAACCCUCAGGCCCUACAGCAGCUUGUCAUGCAGCAGCAGCACCAGCACUUCCUGGAAAAGCAGAAGCAGUACCAGCAGCAGAUCCAUCUGAGCAAGAUGCUUUCCAAGGGCACCGAACUUUCUCGCCAGCCCACUACCCACCCCGAGGAGACGGAGGAGGAGUUGACGGAGACGCUGGAGAUGCAGGAGGACACAGGGGAGGAUGACCUUCCGCUGGUGGGAGAAGGGCACGCGGCGGAGACGCAGCACCAGGACGCAUUGGGCGGAGUCACGUCAGUCCCCGGGAGCCCGGUCGCAUCGAAGCACGAGAGCACCGAGAGCGAGACGGAUGAGGCGGCGGAUGCGGAGGAGGUCGCCGAGCUCAAGGAGAGCAUCGAGGAGGGCGCCCCUUACGGACAGGUUUUGGGCCAACAGCAUUUGCAGCAGCUCAACGUGUUCCAGGCAUCACUGUCCAUCUGCAGCCUGCCUCACAGACCUCUGGGAAGGGCUCAGUCCUCCCCCGCCUCGGCCGGGCUCAAGAGCUCCGCUGGGGGCGAGGUGUCUGUCAAACACCUCUUCACUACAGGGUUGGUGUACGACACGUUCAUGCUGAAGCACCAGUGCGUGUGUGGGAACACGCACAUCCACCCAGAGCACGCGGGCCGCAUCCAGAGCGUGUGGUCCCGCCUGCAGGAGACGGGGCUGCUCAGCCGCUGCGAGAGGAUCCGCGGCAGGAAGGCCACGCUGGACGAGAUCCAGACGGUCCACUCGGAGUACCACACGCUGCUGUACGGCACGAGCCCCCUCAACAGGCAGAAGCUGGACAGCAAGAAGCUCCUAGGCCCCGUGAGCCAGAAGAUGUACGCAGUGCUGCCCUGCGGAGGCAUCGGGGUGGACAGCGACACCGUGUGGAACGAGAUGCACUCCCCCGGCGCGGUGCGCAUGGCUGUGGGUUGCGUCAUCGAGCUCGCCUUCAAGGUGGCCGCCGGGGAGCUCAAGAAUGGCUUUGCGGUGGUGCGCCCCCCAGGGCAUCAUGCGGAGGAGUCCACCGCCAUGGGUUUCUGCUUCUUCAACUCCGUGGCUGUCGCGGCCAAGCUGCUCCAGCAGAAGCUCAACGUGGGCAAGAUCUUGAUAGUGGAUUGGGACAUCCAUCACGGCAAUGGCACCCAACAGGCUUUCUACGGCGACGCCAGCGUGCUCUACAUUUCUCUGCAUCGCUAUGACGACGGAAACUUCUUUCCCGGGAGUGGGGCUCCGGAAGAGGUCGGGCUGGGGCCGGGGGUGGGCUUCAACGUGAACAUCGCGUGGACCGGAGGUGUGGACCCCCCCAUGGGCGACGUGGAAUAUCUCACAGCCUUCCGGACGGUGGUCAUGCCCAUCGCUUACGAGUUCUCCCCAGAUGUGGUCCUCGUGUCGGCCGGGUUCGACGCUGUCGAGGGUCAUCAGUCCCCCCUGGGUGGAUACUCUGUCACGGCCAAGUGUUUUGGCCACCUCACCAAGCAGCUGAUGAAGCUGGCAGGCGGCCGUGUCGUCCUGGUGUUGGAGGGGGGUCACGACCUCACCGCCAUCUGCGAUGCCUCCGAGACCUGCGUGUCUGCUCUCCUUGGGGAUGAGCUGGACCCCGUACCAGAGACAGUGCUGCAGCAGAAACCUUGUCCCAAAGCGGUGGCCUCGCUGGAGAGAGUCAUCGACAUUCAGAGGAAGCACUGGACCUCGGUGCAGCGCUUUGCCCCUACGGUGGCCCAGUCCCUCCUGGAGGCCCAGUGGAGGGAGAAGGAGGAGGCCGACGCGCUGAUCGCCAUGGCUUCCCUCACGGUCGACACAGAUGCAGGAGCUGCCAAGGAGGCGGUCAGGUCCACGGAGGAGCCAAUGGAGGAGGACCCAGCGCUGUAGCCCUGCAGCCUUCACUUGUGAGCCUUUUAUUUCCACAUCCUCGGCGAGGCUCCGCCCCCUGCGGCCCGCCGCUUCCACUGGCAGCCCGGCUGACUCUUGCCACUUUGGGGGCUGGACCCACCUUUGGGUGCUCGAUCUGGCCGCCUCGCCCUCAGGGGAGGGAUGAGGAGAUGGACAAACGGCGCGCGGACCAGGGGACGUGUCAAACAGACGGCGAGGCGCACAAGAAGGAGGUGCUCACCGUUUUCGGAGGGAAACGACGCUGACGGGCUGGAUGACCGACGCCACUCAGUGAUUAAGUGCGUUGUAUGCUGACAGCUGCGGUGCUUAUGAACACGUGUGUAAUGGAAAGCCAGACACUUUUGACAAUUCACUCGAUUACUUCUCUCGUAUCACUACGACUCUCCGUUGGUCUCUCGCCAGUAAGUUUGUGUGAUUGUAUGUCUGUUCGGUGGUCUGCAAAAUGUACCUACGUAUGAACACGGUACAUGUCUAUGUAUAUAUGUGUCUUUUUUUUUUUUUUUUUUUUUUUUUACUGUGAACACGUAGUGCAUAUUGUGUAUAUAUAUGUGUGUGUGUGUGUGUAAUGUACAUAGCAUAUGUAUGUACAUUGUGUGUUACCUUACUGUGUGACCUCCUGUUGAAUGUAGAAUGAGGGGAGCCCCUCUCUCGUAGUCCGAAACACGUUCGCUCGGUGACUUCACGCCGCUUCCUCCCUCACCUGCGCUCUCGAGGGACACGGACGCUCGCGUCGGCGCCGCACGCCCAUCCCGGGGCACUUCCGAAAGGCAGCUAGCGGCCACACCGAAAUGAUGAGAAUGGGAUCCUUUCCUGCGUCUCGGAUGGAGGUGGAGAUUCGGAGAGACGUCGAAGGCAUUUCCCGUCCCUUCCUCAUACCACAAGUGUCACGAAAGGAAGGGAAGUAAAGUGCUCAGAGGGUUCAAGAGAAGCUUGGUGCCUUCUGUGGGGGGAAAAAAUCAAAAACAAAAAAAAAAAUCACAUGCUUGUUACUCAUGUUUAUUAACGUUAAUAAUGCCUUAAUGUUCAUGGUCUGUUGUCUGCUAGAGGUGGCUUAUUCAAGGCCCAAGGUCAACGGUGAUUUUAGCGGCAUUUCCUGGCCCUGUUUAAACUAUCUUUAAUACUUUUUUUUUUUUUUUUUUUUUGUGUGUGUGUGUGUGUGUGUGUGUGUGCGCGUGUGCGUGUGUAAUUCUCCGAACGCGAACAGCAGAUUUUAAAUGUGCGCAAAUUUGUAACGUGACGUUCACCUGUUUUUAACGGCUCGCUUCCCUGCGUAAUUCACUUUUUUCCCCCACCGCUCACCCGAAUUUCUUCAAGUCCUCGUCCAUCCAGGCAUCACACGAACACUUUUGUAAUAGACAGCAUCAAUGCAAGUAUGUCACGUAAAUGUCUUAUUUUGUAAUGAGAGCUCAUAAUGCAAUAUUUCAUUUUGUAAUUAAUGGCUGAGUUUGGAGUAUUUUCUGGAGAAAAAAAAUUUCACAAGGGUCAGAAGGAUGACUGAACGGAAGAAAAUGGUUGUGCAUUAUGGUCAAAUAAUUUUCACAUAGGUCGUUGCGCUCAUCACGAGCGGGCGUUUAAAUAUGGUGGGCAAUUUUAGCCGAAAGGCCCAUUGUCAACAUUUAUUCAUGUCUUACUAAACACAUGGGGUAUUAUUUUUUUAUUAUUUUUUUUUUUUUAAAAUCAUCAUCAUUGACAGGAGGAAAAGCAACAGUGAAGGUGAGUCUUGGUUCAGUUUGGUUCCAGUUUUCUUUGGAACUUUUACUGUGUUGUGUACUGCUGUCUUAAAGUGUGGAAAGAUAAGACAGUGUACGGUUUUGGCUGUUGUACUUUUCAGAACAAUACACAAUAUUCACGAGUUUAUUCACUGUACCCUUUCAGCGCAAAUUUACACUUCAGGAAUAAUCUUCCCCGUAUAAUGUUAUCAUUUUAAAUGUUCUAAUUUUGGUGGCACUGGAAAGAAAUCGCAAAUCUUGAUGUAUUUCAACUACAGCCGAAAACACGGGAGAGGAAAUAUCUACAGUAAAUGUGAUCAACAGGUUCAUUGCAUUUUUAUCACAUCUUAGAAAGUGUAAUGUUACUGGAUUACAAUUACACGAAAACCACAAUCAGACCUUGCAGAAUAUCACUGUAUAUAAUAUCAGUCAUUGUAGAAAAUACUGUUGUGGCCACACUAUGUUGAUCCUUAAUAAAUAUGUAUAUUUUGAUGUUAUAUUUCAUAUUUUGUGUAUAAUGUUAUUAGUGAUUGAUGGUGGAUGGAGAAAGAGAAAAAUGUAUUUUUUGAAGGAGCAAUGUUUGUGUCUUUCUGCAAGCAUUUAUGUAACCAUCUACCAUAUAUUUUCAAUAUACACAUAUUAAAAUCCAGAAGUUUUGAAUUAUCAAACCACAUUCCUUAAUGCCCUGUUUUUUAAUGCUUUUCUGCUGCGAAUACAGUUGUGGAUAUGACCAUUGCAUUAUACAGUCAGUACUUGUGUUCUGUUUUCUGUGUGUGUUUGUGUGUGCAUUUGCAUAAAACUGCAAGUAUGUGCACAUGUAAAAUAAACAUUUUUUAUC